GAUGGCCACCACAGCGUCGCUGGAAAGGAGCCUCUCUAGGUCCCGCCUUUGAUCUCGUUGGUGGGGCUGGGUAAUGGGAGCUUCUCCGCGCGGGACUACGAAUCGCUGGCGGCGCCCAACGGAGCAGGCGAGGAGCAAGCAUGGAGCUGGAGAGGAUCGUUAGCGCAGCCCUCCUUGCCUUUGUGCAGACACAUCUCCCAGAGGCUGACGUCAGUGGCCUGGAUGAAGUCAUCUUCUCUUAUGUGCUUGGGGUCCUGGAGGACCUGGGCCCCUCCGGCCCUUCCGAGGAGAACUUCGACAUGGAAGCCUUCACUGAGAUGAUGGAGGCCUAUGUGCCUGGCUUCGCCCACAUCCCCAGGGGCACGGUAGGGGACAUGAUGCAAAAGCUCUCGGGGCGGCUCAGUGAUGCCAGGAACAAAGAAAACCUGCAGCCACAAAGCUCUUGUGUCCAAGGUCAGUUACCCAUCUCCCCAGAUCCCCUGCAGCGGCCUGAAAAGCUCAGAGAAGAGACCAGUUCUCCUGUUGCGGCGGGGGACACCCACGACAAGGGCACGGUAAAGGCAGCUGGCACCGAGGAGUUGCUGCCAGGGGUGGAUAUGCUCCUGGAGGUGUUCCCCACCUGUUCGGUGCAGCAGGCCCAGUGGGCGCUGACCAAAGCUCGGGGGGACUUGGAAGAGGCAGUGCAGAUGCUGGUAGAGGGGAAGGAGGAGGGGCCUUCAGCCUGGGACGGCCCCAGUCAGGACCUGCCCAGGCGCCUUAGAGGUCCGCAAAAGGAUGAGUUGAAGUCCUUCAUCCUGCAAAAGUACAUGAUGGUGGACAGUGCAGAGGACCAGAAGGUUCACCGGCCCAUGGCUCCCAAGGAGGCCCCCAAGAAGCUGAUCCGCUAUAUCGACAACCAGGUAGUGAGCACCAAAGGGGAACGAUUCAAAGAUAUGCGGAACCCUGAGGCCGAGGAGAUGAAGGCCACAUACAUCAACCUCAAACCAGCAAGAAAGUACCGCUUCCACUGAAGCCCUCACUGGACUCUGCCUGAGCCGGCUAGGCUCAGGCCCCCAGGCAUGUGGGAGGCCUAAGGAGCCCCAGGGGGCUCCCUUAUCCCAGUCCUUCUUUCUUCUCCAUCCGGUUCUCUACUUCCUUGCUCCAGGUGUUAACCUGCUCUUGGAGCUGUUCCCCAGGCACAGUAAAGGAGGCCAAGGAAGGUGUGUGCA